AAGAAGAAGAAGGAAACGAAUAUCGGGACACAUUGUCGCGGAACUGGAAUUCAUACAUUGUAUUGAGCACACUGUCUGUAACCACAACGCAUUUUGAUAAAGGCUGAAUUUCUCAGACUUUUAAAAAACCCACAUCGCCUGGAAGAAGCAGGAUUUCAGUCCACCACCUGCGCAUAAGGACAGGCUAGAGGCCAUGUCUACAGUGGUGGAUCUCAAGACAAAGGAGGAGAAGGAUGCAGAGCUUGACAGACGGAUCGAGGCUCUGCGCAAGAAGAAUGAAGCUCUGGUCCGGAGGUACCAGGAAAUAGAAGAGGACAAAAAGAAGGCGGAGCAGGAGGGUAUUGCCGUGAAGACGCACCCGCCCAGGAAGGGCCGCCCUCACGAUGGCCCACCAGAGGGAGACCGAUGGAGGACAGAGAAAGAGAGCUUCACUGUCACCGUAGACCUCUCCAAACCUGCAGGGGAGAAACGGGUGAUCAAUGACUGGAAACAAGGGCCACCGCGGGACUCUGAGGAGGUAGACUACCCCAGACCCCAAGGUGAAAGCCCCCCGCGGAGGGCUUUGCCCGGGCGGCUCAGCAGGGGUGGACAAAGACAGGGAGGAUCACGGCAGGAGAGGAGAGAGCAACACCCUGACAGAUCCCUAGCAGACUCACGCCAGUCCCAUGACAGACCACCAAGAGAGGGGAGACCACCAAGAGAGGACAGGGGUCCAAGCAUGGAGGGGCCAGGAGAGGGCCCCGGCCGCAGUGAACGUGCCCCACGCGGAGGAAGAAGAGGAAGGGGAGAAGGAGGAGGACCACUACAUGGUAGUGACAGGAAGUCUAAGGAGUGGGAGGAGAAAAGGAGGCAGAACAUUGAGACGAUGAACGAGGAGAUGGAGAAGAUUGCAGAGUAUGAAAGAGGACAUAGGCCUGCCGAGGGAGACAAGCCCAUCCGUAACUUCCUGGAUGACCCGCGGCGCUCCGGCCCAGUCCCGGACAUGGACCGCAAGGAGGGCAGCCGCCGACACGUUCGAAACUGGGGCGGUGUAGACUUUGACAACGUGAAGACGAGAUCUGAGCUGGAGAAGGAGUGGACAAGUCGGAGACCAGGAGGCCCUAAGGGCUCCAUGGAUAUGACCAUGUCUAUGACGGGCCGGGAGCGUGCCGAGUACCUCCGCUGGAAGAAGGAGCGUGAGGAGAUUGACGAGGAGCGUCUAGCCAGGCACAGGAACGCCACGGGCCAGUGGAGACGGGAAUGGGACUCCCAGAAGACUGACUGCUUGUUCAAGGAGGACCCAGCAGUGGCUGUGGAGGGCAUGCUGCCAGCCCAGGGAUGCAGAGACGAUGUGAAGGGUCCUCCCAAGGCGCCCACAUUCGGAGACUUCCUGGGGCAGGGUAGAGGACCCAGGGAGGGGGGGAAGGGACGAGGACCAAGACAGAGCUACAGCAUGCACGAUAACCGCUGGGAAAAGGAGGAGAAGGAGAAGGAAGACAAACCCAAGAAGGAGGAGAAGACUCAGAAGGAGGAACGGAAGCCAAAAUCUCCCUCAUCACAAAAGAUGGAGAAGAGUGGUGAUGCAGAUGAGGAUGAGUGGGAGGAUGCCAGCGACGAAGAAGAUGCGGACGGGGAUGACGACUCCGAGGGAGACGAUGAGGUGGAGGAGGAAGGGAAAGACGGGCAGUCCACAAAGGCACCUCGCCCAGAAACCACUGCAUUGAAACCCGCCGCCACCUCACCCCUUCCCUCCACUCCCCCCUCCGCAACCAGUCCCAAAGACAAGUGCACCCCAAGGCCCAAAGUCUACAUCCCCUCCCCACAGGAGGCUCAGAACUCCUCCGAUGGCCUCAAACCCCUCAGUCCCUUUUCUCCCUUGGAUGGCCACCAGCCGGUCAGAGACUGGGGGGAGGAGAUGGAGAUGCAGUCACCCCGGAGCAGUAUGGGGGAAAGCCCCCCAAAACCCCCCAGCACUGAUGAGGGCCCUGCCCAGGUUAAGGUCCAAGAAGACAGCCGCAACUCCAGCCCCAGUCCCAACGAGAAGAAGAGGGACAAACGAACAGUUGUGGUCACUGCUGCACCACCAGAGGAGACUCUGAUCCAGGAAAGAACUUCUGUAUCAUCAUUAGAUCCUGUCUCUACCCCCACUGACCCCUCAGAGAAAGAGGAGACCACAGCCAUUCCACCAGCCCAGGAGACACCUGCUACCCCCACACAGGAUGAGGCCCCUGCCGCCGCUCCUAUCCUGGAGGCUGACCAGGGCCUGUCUGAGCCGGCCACAGCCCCAGAGACGGCCCCAGACACCUCAGAGCAGCCAUCUUCAGGCUGAGAUCUGCUCUAGGAAACUGACUUUUCAGUACUAGCAGUUCACAGAUGAUGGAAGGAUGAGGGGAUAAAAGAAUGACAAGAGGAAAGAUAACUGGGCCUCGCGCACCAUGACUGGAGCAGCCAUCACAGACAACCUGGAGGGAUGUGGUAGGGCAGGAGGCCUCCAAACCGCUCCCUCUCCUUAACAAUCAGACCACGUAAGUUCUGUUCUGUUUGACUAGGAGCAGCACCUUGCAUAGAACAGUGAUACAUACUGCCGUUCAUUUGAGCCACGAUGGUAAAUGGCUUGGGUUUUAUAGUAGCCAAUCAAGAUGUAACUGAUGUCAAGUCAACAAAACCCUGACUUGUUUUUACCUUAUUUUAUAUUUUGUUAUUGUUUUGUGUGUGAUUAACAAAUCAAACUAUUACAUUUCGCAAAGACUGAAAAAUAUUAAAUUCUCUUACCUCAAUUUUUCAACCUUUAGCAUUUUUUUAAACCACCUCUUUUGGAAGGUCAAAGAGACUUGUCCCCUUCAACAUAGCUAAACUGGUAGUGUCCCAAAUGUCAUGAUCUCUAUAUAGUGCACUUCUUUUGAGUCCUAUGGGCCAUGGUCAAAAGUAGUGCACUAUAAAGGCUAUAGGGUGCCAUUUGCAAUGCAAACCUCUUUGUGAAGUGUGCAUGGAUAAGGAUUGGCUUAAAAUGUAAUACUUUUCAGUUGUAUUUUGUCAUGAAACUGAUAAUGUGAACAAAUAUAAGCCAUGGCAUUGAAAAAUGUACAUUCGUCUCCUGAUAAUGUAACAAAGUUGGUUUACAUUUCAGACCCCAAGAGGAGAAUAAUUAAAUGUUAUUUGUUUAUUUUUAAGUGGGGUACACUGUACUUAAAUACAGGCAUCAUGUGAUCCUGGCAAUUAUGUUUGUUGAUAACCAUGACAAUCCAAAGCUUUCCUUUAAUUUCUUAUUUGCAAUAGAUCGCUAGUGGUGUUUCUAGUUUUAAUUAAGAGGUAUCAGAACAUGUAGCUCAACAGACCAAGCUUUUGGUUAGAUGUGUAAUAUUGUUGGCUUUUUUAGCCUACUCUUAGUCAUGAACUCAAACUCUGGCUCACCUAUAAUGAACAGGAGCACAGAUAUUGAGCUAUGCUUUAAUUUUAUUUCUCAAAGUAAUAAGGUGAGAUGAGAAGUCAAGAACCCAAGGAAAUGCAGUAUGUAGCCUAUAGUAUUUUGAGUUCAACAAAACAUUCCAAUGUUUUGUGUGGGGGGAAAAGGCAUCUAUUUUUGUCAUUUGCAUUAGUACAUCCUCGUUUUCCGUUUCUGAUGACUUAGUGAUUGUAUUAUAAGCAACGAAUUUACUGCAAUUUAUUCGUUUGAAUAUAAAACUGCGUUAUUUGGGUUUGUUUUUGGAGUGGAAUGUAACUGGCCUAUCUAAACUAUUUUGACCCGAAAUCGAAUAUUUUUUUUUUCUUCUGUUCAUCAGUUGAUAAACAUUAUUUUUUUUAUUUCCAAGAUAUUGACACUUCAAUCAAGAAGGAGAUUACAAUUGAUAGCUUUUUGAUUUGUCAAGAAACUCAUUGUUUCAUAUGCAACUGUCAAAUUUUCAGCAUGAAAUGUAUUCUGUUUUAUUUUGCUUCUUAGUUUUCAUAUCAAAUAAAUGUAUGGUGUUCCGGUCUCAA